AUGAGGCAGAACGGAAAGAAGAUGAACGGGACUAGGCAAAACGGGAUGGAUAUGAAUGGGACGGGGCAGAACAAGACAAGAAGAAACAGACUGGAUGAGGCAGAACGGAAAGGAAAUGAACGGGACGAGGCAAAACAAGAUGAGAAUAAAUGGGACGGGGCAGAACGAGAUGGGAGGAAACAGGAUGAGGCACAGCAGAAAGGAAAUGAAUGGGACGAGACAAAAUGGGAUGAGAAUGAAUGA